AUGUUGUGCGUUCUCACCCUCCACCCAAUCCUCUCGCCAAGCUCUGAUGGGUGCUUAUCAAGACUAAAGUGGGGACCAGUGUCUGAUGCUGCAUCUAGGAAUCCUACUCCCGGCGAAAUUCUGAAUCCUUACUGGCAAAAUGAAACGUGCUCGCCGUUCACUGGCCCCCAGAUCCAAUGUACUCUUGGCAAUCGCGCCGUGUACUCCAUCAAUGUGACUGGGGUCAGCGACGUGCAGGCUGGUAUCGCCUUCGCCGCUAGACACAACGUUCGCUUAGUUGUUCGAAACACUGGCAUCGACUAUCUGGGCCAAUCGACAGGUCGUGGUGCCCUAUCCCUUUACAUGUACGGCUUGAAGUCAACCCAGCUCAUCAACAGCUACUGCAGCCCAUUCUACGAGGGUCCGGCCAUUCGACUUGGCGCAGGUGUCACUGCAGGAGAGGCUUACACAGCCCUACAGGACACAGGAUUCCGUGCCGUCAGUGCAGAAUGUGGACUCACAGGCAUGGUGGGUGGUUACGUCCAAGGUGGCGGCCAGUCGCAGUUAGUCACUGCAUAUGGGCUUGCGGCCGAUCAAGUCUUGGAGUGGGAAGUCGUCACCCCUCGCGGCGAGUAUCUGAUUGCAACUCCUCAUCAAAAUUCUGAUCUCUACUGGGCUUUAGCUGGAGGUGGUGGCGGCACUUACGGAAUCGUGCUUAGUGCGACAUUUCGAAUCUUUCCUGAAGGUCCCGUCGCUGGCGGCUCUUUAUUGGUACAGAGCGCAAACUCAAGGGCGUUAUUCGAGGCCGUCGCAAUCUUCUUCAGUCAAGCACCUUCUUAUGUGAACCAGUCGCUCGACAACAUACAACUAUUCGUCACGAAUGACACGUUGACCAUCCUGAAUUUUGUCAUGCCGAAUCAGACCGCGUCCUCCAUCGACAAACUUCUUCAACCAUUCUUGCCCGAGUUGAAACGGCUCGGGUUAGGCUACAAUCUUACCACCCAGGAUUAUCCGACUUAUCUGGACAGCUUCAUCGGCUCGUACGGUCCUUUGCCGUAUGGAAACCUAUGCCCGAGUUUUCCCAUCAUCGGCAGUCGCCUUAUCCCGCGGGAAAUUGUGCUCAAUCCACAGUCUAAUCAACAUCUCAUCGAUCUCUAUCAAAACAUCACCGAAAGUGGCGAGUGGUGGAUCGGUUGUUCAAUCCUCAAUGUCGACGAUUCGGCUGCGUCCGUACGGCCGCCACAUCCGCAUAAUUCGGUGCAUCCUGCAUGGCGUGAAGCCAUCGCCUACUGCAAUCCUCAGACGCACCAGCCGUAUGACUGGGAGGAUCCUACAGCGGUCGCAAAACUUCGACAAACCCUUGUCGAUGACAUCUUUCCCCGCUUGGAGGCGGCGACCCCUGGCGGUGCAGUAUUAAACGAGAUCGACCCGACGUACAAGGGAGACUGGAAGGAUUCCUUCUAUGGCGCCAAUUACGACAGGCUAUUGGCAAUCAAGCACAAGUAUGACCCUGGCAAAUUCCUAUAUGGAAAAUUCGCCGUGGGUUCGGACGAAUCCACCAUAGAUGGUGAAGGGAGACUCUGUCGAGUGUAG